AAGCUCACUCUCACACGAAGACAGGGUCCCAAAAAGGAAACACAGUUAACUGCUCAGACCACGCUGAACCUGACUUCUCACCAAAUAUCAAGCAGACGCAGAGGAUGCAGCAAAUGGAGGUAUCUGAUUAUGUUAAUGAGUCACCGAGACCAAAGCAGAAAGGCAGUGGGGAUGCAAAUCAAACAGAGAGAAGACUCUGCCAGAUGGUUAUCCUCAGCUUUGGGCUGCUGUGCGUCAUACAAGCCAUUCUCAAUGUUUCUCUACGCCUGACAUUUUCAGAUGUUGAGGCUGGUUUCAAAAACCUGACUGAGGAGAGAGAUGACCUGAAGAGGAAGCUGAAUAACUUAGCUCAAGGAGGAUGGGAACAUUUCAGAGGUAGAUUCUACUACAGUUCUUCUAUGGAGAAAACCUGGCAAGAGAGUAGAGAUGACUGUCUUCAAAAGGGUGCAGACCUGAUGAUUAUCAACAGCAAAGAAGAACAGGAUUUCACAAGAAAAUAUCAGAAAGCACUGUGGAUUGGCCUGACUGACUCAGAGACAGAGGGGACGUGGAAAUGGGUGGAUGGGACUCCACUGAAGAAAAGCUACUGGGAUUCCGAGGAGCCUAACGGUGGGGAAAGUGAAAACUGUGGGCAAAUAUUUCAUUAUGAUUUAGAAAACAGCUGGAAUGAUGAAAACUGUUCCAGCUUAGUGUACUGGAUCUGUGUAAUGAAAGUCCGUCCAUAACUCUGCAACCAAACCCACCAGACAGAAAACUUAAUAAAUAAAUUGCUGUUUUUCUAUAGUUCAGUGCAGAUUUACAUUUUCACAAAAGCAACCUGAAUAUGCUCAUGUGGACACAUCAUUUCCAAGUGAAAAUCAUUUCCAGCUCAGUGUGGGAUAAUCUGAAGCCUGGUUAUUUGCGCUGCAGUAAAGUCACCUGUUAACAUCUAGAAACAAAUGUCCAACGAGGGUCACUGCUUUGGCUGAAAAAGAAGAAAAAAACUGCAAUAUCUAAUACAUGCUUUGAUUCAUUGCUUGCUGAAUGAAUGUAUAAAUGUUUAUGUGUGCAUCUGAUCACAUCACAGGGGGGUCUAGUCCUGUCUUUGUCUUUUCUUUGUCAUUAUUUUGUGAAGGCAGCCUCUUUAACACAUCUCAAGGUACGGUUAAAAGGAUGCUUGUGGAGGAAUGAAGGGGUGUCAUCAAUCCAGGAGUGGGCUUGUGAGAUGACUAGGGUGGGGGAGUUUGAAAAGAUGUUAUAUAUACUGUUUGCGAGAUUGGAUGUCUAUACUAGAAAAUGGUGAAAGUACCUGAACUUUCUGGAGGGCUCCUAACUACUAUUUUGUUAUUAUUUUGUUGUAGGGUCUUGAAUAUUGUA